AAUGGAGGCGCAGCUCUUCCUGGUGGUGAACAAACACUGACAACUACAGGGCAGCCGAGCUACCACUCGCACGGCCACACGCACCUUCUCCUUCAGCCCCAAAACAACGUGAAAAACAUGGCCACUGACAGCAAACACGUCGCGCAGUUGAAAUCUGAACUGUACUUCCUAAUAGCCCGGUUUUUAGAAGCUGGACCUUGUCAGGACGCGGCAGAGACCCUCAUACGGGAGGUUCAGGAGAAGGAGCUGCUACCCAAAAGGAUAGACUGGACUGGAAAGGAGCACCCUGGGAGUUACGAAAAUUUGGUGAAGCUGUAUAGGCACAUUUCUCCAGAUCACUUGUUGCAAGUGUGUGAGCGCAUGGGUCCUCUUUUGGAGAGAGAGGUGCCAGCCAGCGUACCUGGAGUUAACUCUUUACUGGGAGUCGGACGACAGUCACUUCUGCGCACCAAUAAGAGUUGCAAGCACGUGGUAUGGAAGGGGUCCGCCCUCGCAGCCCUGCACUGUGGCAGGCCACCCGAGCCGCCAGUCAUUUAUGGAAGCCCGCCCAACAUUGUGGAGACAGCUUACAGUCGGCGGCUGAAUGGGUCGUAUCGUUUGGGUCAGCUAGUUCCCACAGCCGUUUACUCACACAUGAAGAUGCACAAGAGGAUUCUGGGACAUCUGUCUUCUGUGUACUGUGUUGCCUUCGACCGGACAGGCCGCCGAAUCUUCACGGGUUCAGAUGACUGUCUGGUGAAGAUUUGGGCCACGGAUGACGGGCGUCUGCUGGCCACCCUACGGGGUCACGCUGCAGAAAUCUCAGACAUGGCAGUGAAUUACGAGAACACCCUGCUAGCCGCUGGGAGCUGUGAUAAGAUGAUCAGGGUUUGGUGUCUGCAGACGUGCGCUCCCCUCGCUGUGCUGGAGGGACACGCAGCAUCUAUAACAUCACUACAGUUCUCUCCUCUUUGCAGUGGUAAUAAGAGGUUCUUGUCCUCCACUGGUGCAGAUGGAACCAUCUGCUUCUGGCAGUGGGAUGCUCGCACACUUAAAUUUGGGCUACGACCCAGCAAAUUCACAGAGCGGCCCAGGCCAGGUGUGCAGAUGAUAUGUUCAUCCUUCAGUGCAGGUGGGAUGUUUCUGGCCACAGGCAGUACCGAUCACAUUAUCAGAGUUUAUUACUUUGGUGGAGACCAGCCAGAGAAGAUAGCUGAGCUGGAAUCGCACACUGAUAAAGUGGACAGCAUCCAGUUCUCGCACGGAGGAGACAGGUUUGUAAGUGGCAGUAGAGACGGCACGGCGAGGGUUUGGCAGCUGCAGCAGCAGGAUUGGAGGAGUAUCCUGCUGGACAUGGCCACCAAACUGCCAGGCAAGUACAACCCUCCACCCCUGGAGGACAAAGUAACCAAACUGAAAGUCACCAUGGUGGCCUGGGAUCGCCAUGACAACACAGUCAUUACUGCGGCCAACAAUCUGACGCUGAAGGUGUGGAACUCCUACACGGGCAGCCUCAUUCACAUCCUCAUGGGUCAUGAGGAUGAGGUGUUUGUGUUGGAGCCCCACCCCUUUGAUCCCAGAGUGCUGUUCUCUGCUGGGCAUGACGGCAAUGCUAUUGUGUGGGAUCUGGCACGAGGAGUCAAAAUCCGCUCCUACUUCAACAUGAUUGAGGGUCAGGGCCAUGGUGCAUUGUUUGACUGCAAGUGUUCUCCAGAUGGUCAGCAUUUUGCUUGCACGGACUCUCAUGGACACCUGCUCAUUUUUGGUUUUGGCUCCAGCAGCAGAUACGACAAGAUAGCAGACCAGAUGUUCUUCCACACAGAUUACCGGCCACUGAUCCGCGAUGCUCAUAACUACGUGUUAGAUGAGCAGACUCAGCAGGCUCCUCACCUCAUGCCCCCACCCUUCUUGGUGGACGUGGAUGGAAACCCUCACCCUCCACGCUUCCAGCGGCUAGUACCCGGCCGAGAAAACUGCAGAGAGGAGCAGCUCAUACCACAGAUGGGCCUCACGUCUUCAGGACUCAAUCAGGUGUUGAGUCAGCAGGCAGCGGAGGGUUCUAGUCCCCUAGACAGUAUGAUCCAGAGAUUGCAACAGGAACAGGACCAGAGACUGGGCUCAGACUCUAGAGUCACCCGAGGGUCUGUAAGCUCCCCUACGGAAGUCUCCUCUCCCCCUAACGUGGGUCUAAGGCGCAGUGGUCAGAUCGAGGGAGUCCGGCAGAUGCACAGUAAUGCUCCUCGUAGUGAGAUGGCCACAGAGACGGACUUGGUAGCCUGGAGCAGACGGGUACUAGUGCCUGAACUUUCACCAGGAACAGCCAGUAAACAAGAGAUCUGGAGGGCAGCUAGAGGAGAGGAGGAGAUGAACAUCUACAGAUCAGAGCGGAGGAGACGCAGCGUACACAGCCAGUACCACAGAGAGAACCGGCAGCAUGCAACAGAGAACACAGCGGAGGAGGGGCGGCGUUACCAAGGCAACCAGCACAACUACCACACGCGACUGGCUGUGGAAGAGACGAGCAGACAGAGCGAACCCAACGAGGAGGAGCCUAGUGCCUCAGAGGGCGAGGCAGAUGCACGGCCGCCCAGCAGAGAGUCAUCAGAUGAGGAGAGAGAGGAAAAAGAACCCUGGCCUGAUGAUCACAGCAGCUCCAGUGAGUACUCCAGUGAUUACUCAGAUUGGACAGCAGAUGCAGGCAUAAAUCUAGAACCACCCAAGAAGAACAAUGUGAAAAAGAAAAAGAAGAAUGCUAGCAGUUCUGAGGAAGACGGAGACAAGAAGAAAGACAAAGAUGCCAAGAAAGAGAGGAGGAAGGAAAAACAAGACAAAGAUGGAGCGCUACCAAAGAAGAAGAAGCCAAAGGAGAAGAGGAAGAGGUUACCUGAGUUCCAGGAGCAGGGUCUGACUCUAGAGGAGUGGCUGCCCUCAGCCUGGAUCACAGAUACUGUACCACGCAGAUCCCCCUUCACCCCUCAAAUGGGUGAUGAGGUAUAUUACUUUCGGCAAGGCCAUGAGGCGUAUGUGGAGAUGGCCAAAAAAAACAAGAUCUUCAGCAUCAACCCUAAGAAGCAGCCUUGGCACAAGAUGGAGCUGCGGGAGCAGGAACUGCUGAAGAUUGUAGGAAUUAAGUAUGAGGUGGGCUUGCCUACUCUGUGCUGUCUGAAGCUGGCCUUUCUGGACCCAGACACUGGCAAACUGACCGGAGGCUCUUUCUCUAUGAAAUACCACGACAUGCCAGACGUCAUUGACUUCCUGGUACUCCGUCAGCAGUUCGACAAUGCAAGACAGCGUCAGUGGAUGAUAGGUGAUCGUUUCCGCUCUGUGAUCGAUGAUGCUUGGUGGUUUGGUACGAUCGAGAGUCAAGAGCCAUACCAGGCAGAGUAUCCCGACAGUCUCUUCCAAUGCUACAAUGUCUGCUGGGAUAAUGGAGACACAGAAAAGAUGAGCCCCUGGGACAUGGAGGAGAUCCCCAAUGAAGCUGCGUUUCCUGAUGAACUGGGGCAGAGUGUGCCGUUGACUGAGGAGGAGCAGAAGGCUUUGCUGUAUCGUUCUCUGGAAGGAGAGUGGGGUUCACGUACACGUGAUCAAGAAUGUGAACGCAUCAUCAGCGGCAUUGACCAGCUGUCCACAUUAGAUGUUGCGACCCCAUUUGCUGUGCCAGUGGAUCUGCAGGCGUAUCCGACAUACUGUACUGUGGUGGCUUACGUCACAGACAUGAGUACCAUACGCAGCAGAUUGGAAAAUCGCUUUUACAGACGAAUGUCCUCGCUGAUGUGGGAGGUUCGCUACAUUGAACACAACGCACAGACCUUUAACGAGCCUGGAGCUUUUAUCGUCAAAACUGCCAAAUUCGUGUCUGACCUGCUUCUGCAGUUUAUUAAGGACCAAAGUUGCACUGAUAUUAUUCCACUGUAUAACAGUAUGAAAAAGACAGCUUUCUCAGACUCAAGUGAUGAUGAAGAGGAGGACGAGGAGCCUGAAACGCCUGGUACCUCUAAACGCAAUAAGAAGGGUAAGCAGCAGCCUAUUCUGAGAAAUCUGAGGAAUAAGCCAGCAUCUGGAGACCCCCAGGCCUGGAGGGGGCGCUGCAGAGAACUGCUGGAGCUCAUUUUCCAGUGUGAGGACUCUGAGCCUUUCCGACAACCUGUGGAUCUGGAAGAAUACCCGGAUUAUCUGGACAUUGUGGAUACCCCUAUGGACUUUGGUACAGUCCUGAGCACUCUUCUAGCAGGAGAGUAUGAAUCUCCUAUGGACUUAUGCAAAGAUGUGCGACUCAUCUUCAGUAAUUCCAAAGCCUACACACCCAGCAAGAAGUCCAGGAUCUACAGUAUGAGUCUUCGGCUGUCUGCCCUGUUUGAAGAGCACGUCAGCUCAAUUUUAGCCGAUUUCAAAGCAGCUCAGAGUCUACAAAAGGAGCGACUGACUCGACAGCGCCUGCACACAGAACGACCGACCAGACAAACCAUGAAGAGAAGAAGAAGAAGCUCCUCCCCAUCCAGCUCUGCAUCCAGCCCUGAGAGGAAGAGGCGUGUCUCUUCUCGCGCUCCUCCCCGAUCUGAAGCAGCAGUUCCUCCCACCCCAGCUGGCCCCUCCCGGCCUCCCUUCUUAAGACAGACACUUCCGCAUAUCAAUGGAAAGCCAGAACCUGUUGUAGCCACGGGACGCACUCGUAGCUCCGCCCGUUCUGGAACUCAUUCCACAGACCCGCCUCCCUCACAGUCAUCUCCACCUCCUGCCCCCACCCACAGUAAAGGAGCUGAACCCUCCUCCAAAAACCUCAGAGCUCAGAAUUCUCACUCCACACCAAGCAUCUCCCGGGAAACAGAGAGCUCUGCCGUUGCUCAUAGUAAUGGGGGAGGGGGAGGGGGAGGGGGUGGGGGCAGAGAGUCCAGGAGGAAACUUCGUACCCCAGUUAAGCAUACACCAGGUCCAGUGGAUCACAGUCCUCCACCGCUGAACAGUGUUCAUCUGAAUGGCCAUAGUAGCCAAGUGACUUUGGGUGUAGUGAAAAGGGGGCGGGGCAGACCCAGACUAGAGUCUCAAAUAAGGACAGCAGAGGUGGCUGAGCCACCUACUUUGCCCCACCCUUCCGGAAAGAAGCGAGGCAGGAAAAGUAAAAAAGAACUGGAGGCUCUUCAGAUAAACUCUGCCCAUGAAGAUGAGCUCGAGUCCACAGGCGAUGAGGGCAGGGUCUCAUCCGCAACACAGGAUGCUAACUUGUCAGACUCUGGGGCGGGGCUUGCUGAGCAACCAAGAAAGCGGGGCAGACCACGAAUAGUCAGGACAACAGAGCAGGCUCCGCCUACUCAAGCCCCCUCCGAGCCCAAAAGUGUGAGGAGGAGCAGUCGCCGUGGCAACGAACCUGCCACGCCUUCUGCCCCUGGUUCAGCUCUAAGGGAGGCAGAUAGAGAGUUGGAUGGGGUGGAGUCUGGAGGCGAUGGGAACUCCAAGGGGCAAAUGAGAACGCGCAACCAGGGUCGUAGGACAGCGUUCUAUAACGAGGAAGACUCUGAGGAGGAGCAGAGACAGCUUCUGUUUGAGGACACCUCCAUCACUUUCGGCACGUCCAGCAAAGGCAGAGUUCGCAAACUCACAGAGAAGGCCAAAGCCAACCUCAUUGGCUGGUAAUGCUGCCAAUCUGCUGGUCCCUUGUGACAUCAUCCCACAGUGAAAAAAACAGUGCUUUAGAAUUACCUGAUUUAAAUGUGUACAUCAGUUCCACUUGAGUAUUACAUCAACACAAUUAUUGAAAAUAGAAGAAAGACAAAAUUGUGUUAAAUAAGAGUGAGACAGUUUAGUACAGUAUUAAACCAUCUACUCUACUGAGGUUGUUUCAUUUCCAUCUUUGGUGGGAUUCAUAUUGUGUUUUUUCUGAAGGCGUAAAAACGCAACAUGCACUGCACUGUAAAAAGUAGCUGGUCAGAUCUACUUAAAAAAAACUACUUCAUGUAAUAAGCAAUUGAACUAGUUUUAUUCAACUCAAAAAUUACUUUGAAAGAAUCGUUUACUCUUGAAUACUGAAUACUUAGUGAAUACUUGUUACUUGUUUACUUGUUAUCACAUGAAGUCAUUUUUUAAGUAGAUCUGACCAGGCACUUUUUACAGUGUGUGUAGUCUUCUGGCUAUGUCUCCUUGUUGCUAAGCAACAAUAGCAUUGUAAAUGCCAAUCAGCUGUGCUAACUGGCUGUCAUUUCGAUAUAUGUAGGCAGAAAGCUCUGUCUGUCACUCGCCCCUUUAGUGAGUGAUCUAUUAACUAGCAAAUGUGGUGCUUCUAGUAAAAGCAAACUGAAAAAGCUGCUUUUUGCUUGGGCCAUGCUCAUUUUGCUCAAUUAAAUUAUGCACUAUAUGGUACUCUGAGACGCAAACUCACUGAAGGCGUAACUUCCUUUUCAUUGGUCAGCACAGAAAAAUGGUUAUAACAUACACUAAUUGACCUCCUCUAGCUGGAGCAUUCCUCACAAAAGACAAGUGCACUAAAACCACGAAGAAAGCACUUCCCAUUGAGAGUAAAUGCCUAGGACUGUGAGAAAUAUACAGUGUGAACCCUACCUUUCAAUAAUCGCUGUCAGUGAUCAGAACUAGGCGCACAUCCAAAGAUAGCAAAUCUUGAUCCCACAAUCAGAAAUAGCUUUGAACCUGAAAACAUUGUUAAAUUGUUAAACUCCUAGUGUUGAUGUAUUUUGUUCAUGUGCAACCAAUGUGUGAUUAGGAAUCAGGUAAAUUUAAAACACUUCUUUUUUUCAGUGCAUAUCUCUGCCCCGCUGCUGCCCCGUGAUGCACUGGGGCAACACACACCAUUCCUGCUGCUAUCUGACUGUCUGAGUUUAUCUGAAUCGUUGAUUCUGACUCUGACUUGAGUAUGACUCUGAAUCUUUUGACUCUCCUCAGCGGCUCUGUACUGAAGGGCUUCUGUCCUCAAACGGUCGCUUGACCCCUGAAAGCCCCAGACACGCUUCCCCUUCAGUUAAAACGCACACACAGUGAAACAUGCAUUUACCAAUGUUUUCAUUUACACUGCACUGCUUGAUUGAAAACCAGUGAGUCAAGGUACUUCAGUCUGACAGACAUCGCAGUUUCUUUUCUUGCAUUAUGUUUUUACCACAGUUGUAGUUGCUAAUGGCAACACAUCAAACUGUUCUUCAGUUUUUAACAGAGUGUUCUCCAAGUGUGCGCGUGAGUGCCUGAGAGUUUGUGUAUGUGGAGUUUCAGAGUGGGAUAUUUUGGUGGUUAUGCAAUGAUGGACCUUUUAAACUGUUCCUGUUGUCUCUAAAUGUCUAUUUAAAGUACUACUGGGAUGAGAUUAGUUUUAUAUGAGGAAGUGGGUAAUGUCAUUGUUACUUGUGUUUCUUAGUGAUUUUAGUCCCAUCCAAAUAUGUCAUGUCAAUAAUAUUUACGGACCUCGUCAGUAAAGAUAGCCUGUUUUUUACCUGCUGUAAAAGGAGCUGAAAAAAUGGCCGCAGAUUAUAUUAAUUUUAUAAAUUCCCCUUGUGAAACUCAAAAAACAUUUUCUUCUAUUCUCUGUAGCCCAGAUCAAGCAGAUACGUGUUCUUCUUGUCAAGUUUACAAUUUGAAAUAUUGAAACAUAGAAUGACUGAGAAAAGUUUGAUUUUAUGAUGAUGUUGGCUGUAAAUGACAAUGAUAAUGAUGCAUUCAUUUAACAUAGCUCGGUAGAAACAAGGUGCACAAAAUUACAGUUAAAGGGCCAUUAUUGUGGAAAAAAAUUUUCCUCACUUCUUUAGAUGAAAGAGUGAGAAGUAGUAUGCGAACAUUCUUAAGUGGGCCAUAUAAUGGAAAAAUACAUUUUCACUUUUUAAGCAGUACAAAUGUAAUACAAAAACAUUGUUAAAAACAGACUGCUUUGAAUUCAUGAUGUCACGAGAACCAACUCAUUUACUUACAUCCACCCAUUCAGCCUACAGCAGUUUAGCCCUGACCUUUUACACUGAAGUUGUAAGCAGUGUUUCAGUUCUGACUGCUCUUUCAAUGAGGCACAAUACAAGAGAGAGAAUGAGAACAGAGGUCAUUUGCAUUUAUCAGUCUAACGGGCACAGUAACAAAAAACAGCCUGGUUAAUUCUAAGGGAUAAAGACAGUUAAAAAAAAGUAAUGUAAAAAUUAAUUCUGAAGAGGAACCUGGAGGAAAAAAAUACAAGAAAAAUGUGGCAUAUGGACCCUUUAAAACAGUGCCAGUCCAGCAAUCUAACAUUGGCCCAUUUUGAAUUCAUUGUUUUUAUGAUGUCACAAAAAUUGGUGCAUUUUCAUAUGUCUGCUUUUCAGCCUUGUCUAUUCACAGUAAAGUUAUUGUUGAGCGUAGAGUGUUUAAAGCUGUACUGCCAAUUAGAACAGAGCUUAUGUACAUAUGUCUUAAAGGCACAUUAAUAAAUCCAACCUGUUGAAUUCAGAAGAAUAAAGGUAGGGAAAAUGGUCCUGUAAAAAUGUAUUAUGUUUUGUUUAAAAACCACACAUCCAUCAAAAGCAGACCCCUUGAGGAUAUGAGCCCUUUAAAUGUUUGGACAAGUUUUCUAUUACAUUUCUAAUUGUUGAACAUUUCUAAUUGUUGUUCUAAUUGGCCUCCCAUCUCUCAUCUCCUAUCAAUUUUUACCAAAAUUUCCGUGUGAAUCGGUCAUAAACAUUACAGACAUGCUGUGGAGAAAUGACCUUAACCCACCUCCUCAGAAAAAAACAGGUCCCAUCUGAAUAGCAUUUAAGUGAAAGGAAGAAAUGAUGUCUGGGUUUGGCAAGUUUUUAUAUGACUAGCAAUACCUUGUGCCUUUUGAUCAUUUAAAUACAAUGUUCAUUCUUUGUACUCCACACUUUAUAGUGUUGUGUGUAUGUCGGAUAGUCGAUUGUUAUUGAUUUAUCUAGAACAAAUUGUUUCAUUGAACUGGUGUAAUAGGCCAAUGUCUCUGACCUCUGUUUAUGCGUAUGUGUGUGUGUGGUAGAGAGAUGACCUCAUGCUGUGAGUGGUCUGUAAGGCAUGUAAUUGAUGUGACAUUAGGCAUGGACACUUUUAUUGCCCGGAAUUCUCAGCGUGGCACUGCAAACGGAUUAACCUGCCACACGCACACAUACUCAACUGUUCACUGAUGAGAGCUCUAUUCAUGUUCACAGCACUUCUGUACUGUACUACGGGGUUCAUCUAGUAUUUGAGCGUACCUCCACCGAGCAGGGGUUGAGAGGGGAUUCUUCCCUAUGCAUUGUGAUGGAAUGCAAGUUUUUUUUUUUCCUGGAAGCGCACAUUCCUUUCAUGCUAGCAAAAACGCUCAGUCGGAAACACUGUGCGGCUGUCUUUAUGUGUUGAGGAGUGUUGGAGUGUUUCUUUCUGAUGCAUUGGCCGGUCAAGCUGAUCUCGCAGAGAGGAGAGAAAGAGAUUCAGUCUCUGUGGUUUUGCCUGUGCCUUGGAACACUGUGUGUUUGUGUGUGUAUAUAUAUACAUAUAUAUAUGUUUGUGUGAGUGAGAGAGAGAGAGAGAGAAAGAGAGAGAGAGAUUUUGGGGGGCAUAUGGUGGGAAAGAGACAGAUAUAUAGAUUUAAAACUGGUACUACAUGCUAAAUGCUUAAUGGAUUCAGUCUCCUUGAGGUUUUUAUUGUUUUUUUGGCUUGGUUUAGUUGAUGCUUUACAUAUGUGCACUUAUUUUCAGCUGAAACAUUUUUUUGCCAGAAAGUUUGUUUUUUUGAUCCUGCUCAUUGUCAGCAGUUGUGGUCUGGUCAGGUCCGGCACUGUAAAAAGUGAUGCAUUGAGUAGACAUCAUUCAAAUGUGUUGAUUAUUUCUACAUGAAUAAAAUCUAUUACUUCAACACAUAUUAUUGCCAAAAGUAUGUAAAACUAAAAGAUACAAUUAUGUGGAUGUAAUUUAUUUUAUUCAUGGGGAAACAUUUGAAAAUUUACAAGACAUAUGCAAUACUUCAUAGUGAUAAAAAUUAGGCAGCAUUGUGAAUAGCUUGGUCAUCUUAAUGCCUCAUUGUAUGCGUAUUUUAUCCGUGUAGUUGAGUUUCUUGAAGACCAGGCAGUGCUGCAGCCUCAGCUUGCCUCAGAGUAUGAGCAUUUAAAUCCUGAAGCUAUAAUGUAAAAGGCAAUGCGGCUGUACAGGGUAAUGGAUAGAACCGCUGCUCUGAACACAGGAGUGCACAGGGGUUCGUUUCCCCAUUCAGGCAGGAUUACAGGCAAGACAGGCGAUGCAUCGCAAACAACAUUCCCUGCAAUACAAAACAAGUAUGAUUGUGUAUCAGUUGCUCUAGUGGGUUUUUUUUUAGAGAGCUUUUACGUUUUGUUCACGAGACCUAACUAUGUGCCUAGAAGUGGUCCAGAGAAUGAGGGCUUGAGUUUGGAAAAAAAAAACGCAUCACUCGUGUCAUCCUAAGGGACUCAAAUCUUUACAUUUGCAUAUUGCUGGAUAAGGACAUGGCGUGCAUCCAGUAACUGCUCUACAUUGCAGUUUGAGUUGGUAGCCUCUUGAAGGAACAAUAUAAAUUUAUGUGCCUGUUGCUAAAAGCAAAUUCUUUUUUGUCAGAAACAGUGAAGGGAUCAAGCUAUUAUUCACCAUUUAGCAGAAACCAUGUGCACAAAGGUGAUGUAUGGAGCUGUGCAAUCAAUGCCUGGUUCAAAAUAACAUCUCCCAUGUGGAAACUGACCUUCAAUAAUGAGUCCUUCCCCCAAACGAGUCCUGGAUUUGGAACUAUUCACAAAGAGACCUGAACAGUUAUCAGCUGUAUUCUUUCUUAUUUUAUUUAACACUUUGGAUCUACUUGGCAACAGUUUAUGUUUAACUUAUAUUGCAUAUAUAUAGUAUAUAUUGCAUAUAUACAGUUAUUUCCCUUUCGACUAAAAAUAUCAUAUCUGAUAAUGCAAUGGCAUCAAGAUAUAUAUAUCACUUAUUGCCAAAAAGCUGGAAAAUAUUGAGUUCUAUUGUGUUUUGAACCAUGUUGUCCAGCCCUGUGUGGAAAUGCUAUACUCAUUUGAAUAAAGUAAGUUCACUGCAUCACUUUUUGUCAGUGCACCCUGGCAGUACUGAUCUAGCCCAUAGCUUUAAAACUGGUUUGGUGAACCAAAGCCCCAUAUGGCUGUAUGUGUCUGUGUGGAUGGGCAUUUGUAGCGAAUGGCUGUAUGACGUGUGAGGGUCUGUGCAUGUGUGUUGUUUAUACUCUGUGUGAAUGUAUGUGUGAGUACGUCAUUGAGAUGGUUUUAUAAUCACAUGUUGCAAAAAGCUUAUUACGUCUGGCCGUUGACCCUUCCCUAUUCACCAUACUGCUACCUGCACAGAAAGUGCCAUCCCACGGACACUGAGAGCAAAAGCGGGCUGCAUGUGCACUCGGCCCUCUGUCCCAGGUGUCCUGAGGGGCUCACACGUUUAGGGGUUGGGUUUUCCCUCACUGGUCCGAUAUGCCUGGACCGAGAGGACUUUCUAUGUUAGUUUGUAUACUUUUAUAUAAAGACUUAAGAGUAAAUGCAAAAAAAGAAACAUUAAGAUAGAAUGUACGUGUAGGGAGUACUGUUGUCUUUAGUUAGUUCAUACUGAUAUUUUAUUGAAAUAAACAGUUGUGUUUCCACA